GCCAGCUCCUCGCCUCGCCUCGCUUUCUAUCGCGCCAGGGCGCGCUCAACAUACCACGGCCGUGGCUACUUGCAGCGUUUUCGGUUUUCAGUGACUCUGUUGUCAUCGCCCUGGGUGCCUACGUUUCACUCAUCUGGUUCGCGCACCUUGACCACUACGGCGUCCCUAACGCAUUAUUCAUGUCAAGACUUGCGAAAUCUGCCUGAGAAUCUCCGUUUAUAAGCUCUAUUUUCAUUGAACUGCAACAUGCUCAACGUAGUCCUCCUGGUAGUGGCAAUAUGUGUUGUCGUUGCGCUCAUACUAUACCUGUUCUUCUGGAACCGCCUUGUCGCACUCAUCCUGAGCCUCAUCGUCCGUCUCGCCUUAUGGAAUCAGGACGAGUCCAGUGUAUGGAUUAGCAUCGGCUCCAUACACUUCUCCGUCCUCAUGGGCAGGAUAGCCUUCAAGGACCUCCGUUAUCAUUCUAGCAAUCAGACUAUCAGAGUCGUCAAAGGACAAAUUAGCUGGCGAUACUGGAUCCGCCAACCUGUGGAGGAGGAGGACCUCAGCCAUGCACGGGUUGUUGGGGAGGAUGCGAACCACAAAGAGCAUGUCCCGCUAUCAUGCCGCAUACAUGUGUCGCUGCAAGGCCUUGAAUGGUAUAUCUACAACAGAACCGCUGCAUAUGACAACAUCGUCGCUCGUAAAGAGGGAAGUAUGCCAUCUACGCCAGCCCCUACCCCGACUGCCGCUGGAAAUGCUAUAGACGCGCGGGAAGCCCUCAGAAAGUUACUCAGCAGGACGUCCGUUCGUCACAAUUCCACUAGUCUUCGUCCAUCUUUGUCUGUCGUGUCGCCAAUGUAUCGGAAGUCCCCGGGAUUCGUGAAGUAUGCCAUAAAUUGGAUCAAGACACAACUGCCCAACUUUGAUCCAAAAAACCUCCUUCCUAUCGGCAUUGAAGCUACGAAAGGUGCCAUCAUCUGUGGCAAUGCAUCAAUACCCAGUCUUCUUGUCAUAGAAUUCGGAAAGGCUGAUUGUACGUACGGGAUUGUUCAGCCAAGGUCUAAGUUCGAUUUAUAUAAGCAGCUGCUAAAUGUCAAAUUACGCAAUGCUUCUGCUUGUUACGUCGAGAACAUGGACUAUCAAGAGCACAUGAACGAUGUGGGAGAGAAAGUGCAUGAUCAAAUCAAGAAAUCUCAUAAUCCUUACCUGAGGCAAUAUUCAUACCUCUCCUAUCUGGCAUUCGAGAAGUUGUGGGACCGCCUCAAGCUCUGGUCAGUGGCGUUGACUUCUCGCUCUCGCCUGCGAGCCUUCUUUGGGUACACGAACGUCCCUGUUCCGCAUCCGCCCACUUGGGGCUGGCGCAAGAACCAUAAAGAUCUGGAAGACGAGACGCCUCUUGGCAUUGAUUUCUCCACCUUCGAAUAUGCUAUUGAGCGCAAGAUACUUGAGGCACCAGAGGUAGAGGUACUCUAUUACGUUGACGUCGUGGGCAUCGUGCCGUUCGAGCCGCCUCAUCCACAAGCAGAUUUCGGUGGCGCUGAUCCGUUUGACAUCGGCAAUGGAGAUCUCCCUCCAGAGUGGGGUAUUGAUAUCAUGGUGCGAGGUGGAUUUCUGCGCUAUGGGCCUUGGGCGGAUCGUCAAAGGGUCAUUUUACAGCACUGUUUCUUUCCGCCUCCAUUUCACGAUGUCGAGCCAACGGCACAUCUUAAACCGGGCGAUGCUCGCAUGUGGACUGGGUUGAAGAUAUUCGUGGAAUUGCAAGAUGGUACCACAUUACAUAUCCCCUUCCGGGAGGCCUCCAAGGACUGGCAAUGGGGUGGCAAAGUGGACGUGCCUAAUCGACCGCGGAAGCGAGAAGCUGCCUCAAUUCAUCUCAAAGCAGGGGAUAGCUCCACAAUCACUUACAUCAUGCCCAUGGUGGCCGGUCUCCAUGGAUAUCAGCCUAUCCUAGAGGUACACCUGGACACCGUAGCAGUAACGUCGAGCCUCAAUGACAUGCGUUUGCUGACGGCUGAAUCCUGCCGUGUACGAUGUCAAAUGCCUUCACCUCUCAAAUGGAAUGGCGAACGAGAGUGGACAUUUGCAAUCUCUCUCCGCCAGACGCAACUGUUCCUGCUCAGAGAUCACAUCAACAUGUUCACCGAUUUAGGGAAAGAUUGGAGCACGGGGCCGCCAACUCCAUACUAUCGUUUCACUCCAAUGAUUUACGCUGUAGAACUGGACCUGCAUCACUACGAAAUCAAUACAUACGUUAAUGAUCAUAAUAUCAUCGACAAACCGCUCAUUAAGGAAGAUAAUGCACUAGUCACCUUGCGAGGGACGCACCUCGUCAACGCCAUCCGCAUCCCAUUAUCACAGUAUAGACCCGAGGCCACGACUGUGUCAUUUUGGAUUGAAGUACCCGACGUGGCUGUCGCUCUCACGCUACCGCGGUGGAAUACGAACUCAAUCUAUCCUACUCCUGAUCGGAGCGAUGUAGGGCGUGUAGGCGUCCUCACCAUCAACGGCUCAUAUCGAUAUCAUGCGGAGGUCUCUGACGAGAAUAUAGAUCAGUUGAAACUGGAUAUUCGGGCCCGUGAUGUCGUCUACAAGGCAUUCGGUUGGACCAUACGGCAUUUCAUGAUCUUACGUGACAAUUACUUCGGGAUCUUCACACACUUCUCUACCCUGUCCGAGUAUCUGGAGAAGCGCAGGAAAGGUCAGCCGGUUGGCGAUCCGAUUGAUCUACAGUACAGGCCAGGAAAGUCGAACUCCAUGGAAGUUGAACUUGGUGUCAUGGUGGAUCGAGGUCUAAUCGCUCUGCCUGCCGGGCUCCCGGGCUAUGAGGUGCAUAGUGCAGGUCAAGAUAGAAUCGCAGAUUCUGGGCACUUGGGGACAUGUUUGCUGGUAAAAGUACCGGAAGUCCAGCUGCAGCUUCGCACGAAUGAUUACUACAUGGAUAUGUCUCUGAACGCCAACAAUCUGUUUGGUCGUUUCGAGGAGUGCUGCUCGUACGCAUCCUUCUAUCGUUGUCUGAAUGCCUCACCCUCGGAUGAUAUCAUCAUCCUUGACGGUGAAGCAUUGUCAGGCCUCGACAUCACCGCAAAUAGAUUGUUUGGUCCCAAACCGCAUACAUCGACAUACGUCUGCAUGUGGGAGGUCCACAUGGGCAAUAUCAAAGGGGUCCUCUCAACGUAUCAAACUGCUUUGCUAUCUGCAGUCGGUUCUUCCUUUGGCCUGAAUUUUUCGGAUCCUCUCAAUGCCCCAGCGAAGGAAUUCGAAGUGCCUGUGGAUCCUGAUGUCACCUUUUUAAAGCUCAGACUGGAUUCCAUUAACGUCGUGUGGCUCGCUCCAGGUGCUGCCAUCGAAUUGUUCAUCCCGGAUGGUUUGAGACUCGACAGCAAUGACCUGGCUGGGAAGUCAUAUCGCAAGGUGAUAAGUGUGCGGCUACCUAUUGCGACAUGUAAGAUCUUAGUCACGUCGCGGAUGUCCCGCAAAUGGUAUGAAGCGUCUCGUCUUGACAUCGAUGCAAAUGUGGAUAUCUAUUCCGCUCCGACUGGCUGGCAAGAUCGCGCGCGCGCGCAGACUGAAUACGUUGCUGCACAAGACAAGCUGACUAGUCGAGCGAGCUGCUUCUAUUCUGCACGACAAACUCCCGCACAGUACGACGAAUUACUCCCAGGACGUGGCCUGCUCGACAGCGAUCUCUAUUUGCCACAGCUACGUAUUCCGAAGCGUUUCAGGAGGCAAAGAACUGCUGCAACGGCUUUCAAUUUGACCUCGCCGAUACGAUCUAGUCUUCGACCAGCCGUUCCCAUCGGGCUACAGUCAGAAUCAGAAGGCGACGAAUGGUCGACAGAAGCGGACCGUGACGCUCGUGUGGUAAACGCACGCCCGUCAGGCACGUCUUGGGCCAAAGCGCCGAGUGAUGAGGAAGAUAUGACGAGCAGUGACGAAUCGGAUGAAGGAGACUCGUCCGAUCACAGAGGAUGGGAUAGCGAGGAGUCAGAAACGUCCGGCUCUGCAUCGCAGGACCGCGUGAGGUCUGCCGUGUCGCGAUACAAGGAUCUGACCACGCAUUACGAAGCGUCUCACUUAUCACGGCCGUACAUAUGGGACACUUCUCCAUUUGUCGUCAUAAGAAAUGUUCUUCCGCGUGAUCAAUGCAAAUCGCGGCCCAAUUUACAUAAUGACAUGCACAACGUAUCAAGGCCCAUUCGUAGCGCCCAACUUCAUGCACAUAACGAAUCUGCGGCAGCGUCUACUGUCAUUCGGGUCCAUAGCAAGAGAGAGAUCGUGCUCUGGUUCAAUCCUCUGCUUGUGCUGGCGGUAGAACAAUUCCUCGCUGACAUUCGACAGAAGCGAUUGACCCCGGAACUUAGGUUCGACGUAAUUCUGGCAAAAUACAUACGGUCUGCUGCAGCUGAGUCGCCUGAGAAAGCGACUGAGAUAACUGUGCUCGAUUUACACUUAACUUCCAUCCAUAUUAGCUCUGUUCAAGCCGUCGGGUUCAGUGCAAAGCGAAGAGGCAAGUUAGAGGAUGAACAACAAAUGAACAUCAGCACUAUUGCUGCAUUGUCCUUGAGCGAUCUACACUUCCUCUUGAAAUGCUUCCAGCCCGGCGGGCAGGAAUAUUCCGCUUCGACAUUUGACGUAUCACUGCAGGAACUCUCCGUUAAGAUGUGGACUGAACAACAACCAUUCUCUACUCGGAGAUCGUCGAGGAUUCAGAAUCCCUCGUGGGAUAUCAUGCUUAAUGCUAGCCGCGGGACAGUCGGGGAAACGGUCUCGAUCUUCCUAGGCGACUUUAUCAUCAAUGUAGACCAUGCAACCCCAGAAGCCGUAUUGGCUACCAGCUCCAUCGUUCUUCAAACUGUCAUGGAGCUGGAUAACGCUUGGAAGUGUCAUUAUGCUCAUUUCUCCGUGUUGGAUCAGCAAACAAUCCUUCAGGUCUUACGAUUCGCUCGACAGAGGGUGGUUGUGGACCCUUUAUCAACUUUUCAGCCUUCGUAUCUCGUCCAGAAGGGCCGACCUGAUCAAUUGCGGAAUAGCAGCUGUUUUAAGUUCCUCGUUUACAUCCGUAACUGUCUUCGAUAUCUGGAGGCAUCGGAGCGUGGAGUUGUUGACAACAUUGAAACGAACCCGCAUUCCAAAAUUACGCUCUUCGAGAUCAUCUUAUCAUUGGAAAGCCAGGAUCUCAGCCAUAGCCUCGACGAGGACGUACUUGAGCUCAAGGAAGAACGGUUCAUGCAAGAACUCUUCCACGGCUCCGGUACAUCUCCGGAGAUUCACAUUGCCCAAGACAGUCGCCGAAUCAAAGCGGUGGUCCUGCACUGGGAACGAAUCCUUUUGACGAUCCACCAUACGAAUCAAGAUCUUCGGACCACCUUCAACAUGGGCCCCAUCGUUGUUGCAGUUCGAUGGCAUGUCACAGUUUUCCAUCCAACAUCUCCCAAUACCGGAAAGACGUAUGCGAAUCUGCUUCCCCGAGAACGAACACGCUUCGACUGCCUCCAGCUUACGCUGUCUGUGGACCUAGGGCACAUCUCCUUCACUAUAAUGCCUCAAUUAGUACAAUUCCUCCAACUGACCAUUCGGAUAGCCAAGUCAUACAGCCCCGCUCUUUGCAUGCCGCGUGCGAACGGACAGGUUGCCUCCAAGGCUCCGCGUAUAGGGACAAACGGUUCAAACGUGAACGCCGAUGUAGCUCUCUCCAUAGAGUCCUUGACCUUCAAGGCCGCGGCAGACAAGUUGGUUGUAAUAUUCAGCAUCUCCAACUUACAAUGGGCUUCCAUGAUACUCGCCAAACUUCCUGUCAAGCUUCUAGAGUCACAGUGUUCGAUGAGUCACUUCCUCACUGUUGACGAGAGUAUCCUUCGGUUGUGCUCAACAGAUUUGAGUCAACCUGUCCAGCAGAGUACUCUUGCUUUCUUCAUGAUCGAAAAAGGCAAGAUGAAUGUUUUAUUCUCUCAGGAACACAGCACCGACCCGAAGAUACGAGCUGUCUGCGGUUCAGAAACUGUGCAUCUCGACGUCCCACGAAGCGCACUGCGUCUGUAUUGUUUUCUUCAAGAGUGGAGGGCCGACUAUCUGCCCGGUAUGUACAGCGCAUUCCAGGACCUGCUCUCGGAGCUUCAUGAGGAGAGACAAGACGCGUCUCCUCAUGUCGCAAAUGUCAACCAACAGUCUCUUCCAGAUAUCCAUUUGCAUCUAUCGACUACUACUGUACGCGUGACUCUCCAGGUCAUGCUGGGCGUAUGGUUAUCUUGGGACAUCCAAAGAACACUACUCUACGUCACAUCGUCCCUUGAUGCACACCGAAAGAAGAACCGUACGUUCGGUAUUCAGAUGGGACCGCAUACUGUUGCUGUCACCACUCAGGAUAACCAUGCUAAAGGACGUGCGCUGUAUAAGGCACGUGUCGAACUUCAAUUACCGAGGGUCUCUGUGACGGGCAACUACGGCGAUGAAGCCAUUCGGCUCGUAUCAUUAGUCGAUUUUGUCCAAAUCAUGGUCGAGCCGUCGGAUUUGGAUACUCUCAUUUCUCUCGGGCAGAAAUCUGGUCAGGAUUAUAACGACUUCAUGCAUCUGGUGGGAGAGACACAUCAAGGGAACCCCGCUGAUACCUCUCAACUUAUCGAGGAACGGAGGCAUAUGAAACUUCACGCAUCCUUCAGGAUGAAAGGUUUUCGGGUUGGUGUCCAGGGACACUCGUCAGUUGUGUUAUUGGAAUGUGAUAAUAUUGGAGGUGGCAUAGACGACGUGGCGAGCCUGGCUUGGCAAGUGAAACUGUCGGAUCUGGCACUGUCGUUAGCUUCUCUUUCGAGUUAUCGCGUAUCUUCGGACAAGGGACAUCGAUCAGCAUUCGUCACAAUCGACUUCGAGGCCGAUAUGAAGCGUGGUAGUAGUCAAUCCUCGAAUGAACGCCUUGAAGUUGCCAUUAUCAAAGCCCAUGCUGUCAUGCAACCCACAUCCAUCGGUGAACUGAGCGAUUUUAUCGAUGAGUUGCAGGCGGAAGUCCUUGCAUAUCAAGAAGAUCGUGCCAACGAGUUAGCUCAGUUUAAGGAGAAAACCAAAGGUAUUAUGCGUUCACUCGAUGUCAAGAUCGGGGAGCAGCACCGUACGGAAUUCUCCUGGCUUGAUCGAUCCACAAUACUCUUAACCAUCCGGAAUAUCGGCGUAGCCUUCCCCUUGGCUGCUAUCACGGACCUUCAAAUGCCUCGAUCGGGAACCUCAGGCGACUUCUCCACCGUUCGCGCGUUUUUAUUAUCGAUCAAGUCUUUAUCGUUUGGUACAGAACAUGGAGACACUGGCCAGGCCAUCAUGAAGGGAUUCUGCUUCCAGUUUGUACCUCGAUUCAGGCAAUCCGCUGAUGCUGAUUUCUCUGGGGAUAAUCAUCAGACACGAAACAGACUGCUAUAUCCCGAAAUGACCGCUAACAUUCAUUCCGAACGCUCGAAUGGUUCACGUAGAGUUUACGUCGCAGCGGAUGUCAGCGGCUUCAUCCUGGAUCUUGACUCCAUGAUUCCGGACUACAUUUUCUCUCUGAUAGACGUCUAUCGCGAAGGAAAGGACCGGAUGGAUCGUCUGAAGAGUAACAUAUCUCGAUCUGCGGCCAACAUGGAUCUUGGAAUCCGCGGUCCGAGACCAUCUUCCGAGCACGCGCGUACUUCUCUUCCCACUGCCAAUGUCCUUCUUUCCUUGACAUUCGCCAGCGGAAGGAUUCGCAUGCAUAGCACGCAUUCUCGUCAUCAGAGUUCAAUGAAGCGUAAGACCUCAUCUGCGCUAGAAGACUCCCUCGUUGAAUUGCCGAUCGAACUUGGAGUGGAAAUCUUCGACCUGCCCGUUGUGACUGUAUGGGGAGAAUAUAAUGCGACAACGCCUUUGAAGAGGCUGAUCGCCACGAAGCAGACCGUGGAGCCUUCCAUCUUGAUGUUCAAGGCCACUAUCCACUCCAGCCACAACACGCUAAAGCCUACAUUACUCCCAUUCAUAACGGAGCUCGUUGCUCAUGUGGAGACCCGUCUGCGGCAAAGUAGCCGGGGUGAGUUUCAGCCAGCGCCUGUGCGCGUGCAGGAUGCUCUACACUCUUUGCCAGCGGACAACAUAGCGAAGGAAGCUUCCGAUGUCGUCACAGGCCUGAAGAUCAGUCUCAGCUUGCGCAUAGACCAGUCAAAACUGGAACUCACUUGCCAGCCGGACGUGAAUGUCGUGGCCGGUUUGCAUUGGGACAGCGGUGGCUUUGUUAUAAACAUUUCGCCAAACUUUCGUCGGGUCACCUUCAGUGGGACUGUCGGUGGCUUGACGAUCGGCCUUAAACAUGGAUUUCUCAGUGAGGAUUGCGUACGUCUAGAUGCGCGCAACCUCGCCUUCAACGUGACUUUCGCAAAGACGGAGUCUGCCGCCAAGCGCACCAUGAGUUCAAUCUCUGUUGUUGUCGAUACUCAAUUCUCAGGUGGAAUCCGGUUCUCUCGACUUCAAGAUGUUCUAUGCUUCAAGGCUGUCUGGCUCGACCGCAUUCCGGUCAUUAAUGGGCAGAACGCGGCAUUCGCUAAGAAUAAUUCGAAGAGCGUAGAAACUGCCCGCACGUCAUCGUCGUCUCAAGAGCUGACGGUGGCAGUGCUUCUCCAUUUCCGUUCCAUUGAGCUGGAUGCUGACCUGGGGCAGUCCAUUAGUUCCCUGAAGCUCACUAUCCAUGACAUGCUCGUCCGCACGUGUCUCAGCGAUGCCUUAUCUGAGCUGACCUUGUCUAUUGCCCAACUCGACAUCUUGGCAACCGGCAAUGUUUCUGGACAGGCUGCAGUGCCCGAUUUCCGGUUCCAAACGAUCCGUGAAAGCGAGAAUAGCACGGGGGUCCUUGCAGGAGGCCGGAUGCUGGAUUUGACGCUGACCACCGGGGUGUUCUACGUAGAACUUGAGAGCGAGUAUCAGAAACUCAUACAGUACCGGGCGGAACCCAUUGAAGUAAAGAUAUUCGACGAUUGGUCCAAGACACAUUCCGAUGUGCCAACGGAGGAUCGCCAUGUCGACUUGGCCUUCACCGUCUCAGGAUCAGAGGUCACAGUUGUCAUGAACGUUGGUACAAUACCGAAGUUGUUUUCGUAUGCUGACAAGUUCAAGGCGACUCUCGAGAACCAGAGGGAGGGAGCUAGUCGAGAAUCCAGGGCUUUCAGGUUGAUCAAUGCUCCUAAGCCUGACAAUCCGCUAUCCACAGUUGCAAAUGCGAUGAUCAAAACUACCCGGAAUCGCUUCAAGGAAGAGCCUGAGAUGACCUACGCAAUAGGGCAACGGAUGAGUCUCAGGCUCGCCUUCUUACAAUUGGUAGUGUUCCCUCGUUCUAUGCGUGACCCAGAGCUAGCGCGGUUCAUCGGGCGCGACGUUCAUGCUCGCCUUGACCGCCUUGUCGAGUCUCAUGCCUUGCCUGCUCGCCGCGACCUUCAUCUGUCCUUCUCUUCCAUCACUACGUCGAGGAUCAGUCAGUUGAAUCAUGCGUUGCUGGCAAAGGAACGCAUGGAGGGGAGCCGACAGUGGCUGAAGAUUUUGGUGAAAGACGCUCCGGAGGCAACUAUCUUCGGCCUGCCGUCCAUGGACAUUCGCAUGCAGAGCGACGAAUUCAUGCAGGAGCAAAGGCGAACGCUUCGCUAUGACUUCACCAGUAGGUUUACGACCAGGGAAGGAGGCAAGAAAGACGCAGAGGACAUAUACAUCACCCUGAACAUGGCGCUAUACGCUUGGUUGACAUCUCUGCGCAAGGCGUUCGCCAGGGAAAUGGAGCAGGUGCAAGCUUCCGAGACUGUGCGGGCUGUUGGUAACGCGCUGGUACCUCAGACCUCGACCCCUCGUAAGCGGGGAAAUGAGUCGGUUUCCUUGCGCACUGACAAGGAACCCGAGGAAACGAUUGCAAGCUUGCGCGAGGUGGGACGGCCUAGAUUGCAUCGACAUGCCAUGUCCAGUCUUAUCACGCAUGGGCUUGACCUUGAGGAGCCUCCGGCUUUGCCAUCAAGGACGCCCACGAGCCCCGCGACGUCAUCCAGGUUGAGUUCUCCGGGGUCGACAAACGGCGCAUCUGAUGUCGCCGCGGCCGCGGCAGCCCCUGCUUCCAGCAAAACUCUUGGACUGGUGUACGAGCCUCGCUCACGACACAUAGAGCGACUCACGAUGAGACAGUUGGGAGAGGCUACUCCAGAUGUCAUGCAUCCGUUCUUCAUGAAGAAGGCAGGGUUCAGCCUCGAAGACUCCCUCCCGCAAUACGUGCAUGAGUACGCGACGAUGCCGACGGAGGAGAUCAUGAAGGCGCUAUUGAAUCUGUACAGCAAACAGCUCAGUUCCCAUCAACUCACCGAUUCCCCUUCCUAGUGUAUAUACGAUUAUUGACGAAUAAAGCAUCUGGCAGCCUCAUAUUCCCCAGUAAAUUAGUCAAUACCACUAGUCUAGUGAUAGUGUAGUUUUUUGUAAUACAUACUCUUGCACAUGAUGCGGCGAAAGCUUGUGAAUUACUUCGAUGAACCUGUCCCGCCGACAUUGAAUACACUGAGCAAUGCGAAGCAGCCAUACAGGAGUCCGACGGGAUAUGCUACCAAGAAUCGCUGGUCCGACAUGCGCAGCACUGCAACAAAUAUUCCUGAUGCUGCAUAUGUGCACCAGAGGAUAGAGAGAGUUGACAAGAUGUAGCCCAGAGAACCGUCGAGGGUAACCAUGACACUCAACGCGCCAACCCCAACCAUCGGCAGUAGACAAUAUCCUAGCACAGAGACUACU